AUCAUGUUCUUGUAGAUAGAUCUAUCAAUACAACCUUCAACUAUGCUACAAUAACUACCAUAUGUAAUAUAAAUGUAGCUAGCUCCUCCCACACGAAUACAACAGAUUAACCAUCCCACAGUAUGUUGGGGGUCCCGGGCUGAUCGGCCCUUUCUACCAGCGCUGGUGGUGAUUGAGCUCUUUUGCCCCAGUAGCCUACAGUGUAAGGACUGUUUCAUAACGUAACGUAACAGGCAUCACAAUACCAUAGUUUCCGCAAACCUCAGUCUCAACUCAACAGCCUCAACAUCGCCAACCUCAUCUUCAAUCUUUGGGGCUUCAUUCAAACUUCCUUUUCCACUUUCAUCAAUAUCAUCUUCUAUCUCUUAUUAUCUUAUCUCUUCUACUUACUCAGCCCUUUUUCCACUUCUAAAUCCACUUUCCCUUGCCAGUCCAGUACUCCUCUCUCUGCUCUCUGCUCUCUAUUUCUCUUGUGCCCCGCACAUAAUCCCCCCACCACCCUUACACAGCUCUUUAAGUUCGGGUUUUCAGCCAUUCCACCAUAGCCCGGGAGCUUAGAGCUAGCUACUUUCCUUGACCCCGCUGCGCUGCCCUCUCCUCUGCUGCCCACUACUGUCUGGUCUGUCCCUUAUCUAUUGCCCUCUCUUGGCGGACUGCGGACUCGGGCUAUCAUUCUACGUAACGGCCUUUGGUGUUACGGCCUAUUUGUUGCCUUGCCACCUCAUUCCUUGUCCAAAUAACUCCCUUCCUCCAGGCCUCCAGACCUCGCAGUCCUUUCUAUUACUCACCUUUUUUCCUUGUGAUAUUUCAUCGUGCUUUUGUCACCUCAUGCCCAGUGGUGACAUACACCACUUAAGUCAUGUAAUUGGUCUCCGGCAUCUUUGCCUCGAGCACACUUCUUAAGCUUUCUGAAUUGGCUUCGCUGUUUAUUUGUCCUCUUCCGCUUACCUCCCCUCAAUCAAGGGAGUUGAUCCAACCGUCGGGCGCUUUGUUUUCUCUCUACGCCUUCCUUACCGUGGAUUGAGCCCUUUCCUGUUUUAAUUGAUCGUCUCCCUUCUGCCAUGUCCCAAAACCCUUCGAAUUCUACCUCUUCCGGCCCUUCCGCUCGGCCUCGGGGUCGUCGUGCCUCCGUUGCCUCUGCUGCAUCCUUCUCAGAGCUUUUUGCAAGACCCGGCAACGCAGGCCUUCCACAACCACCGCCAACCGCUGCCGUAAAUAUUCCCGGCUCAAUCAUGUCAUCUGCAAGUGCUCAGGCACAGCAACGCCGCCGCAUGUCGAUUACCACGCUAGGCCUCUCGGGGUCUCCAACUCAACAAUCAUCUCCCUUUGGAAGUGCCCCUGCGGGUAUGCGUCGUGGGAGUAUCUCGAGCUCCGUGAUAUCCGGUUCGCCUACACGGGAAGACUCUGUGCUAGAAGAGAACGGAAAUGACACCCCGAUAACCUCGCCUACAUCCCCAUUUCCCCAUCGUGUCUCGUUUGGAGCUCAGGCAUUCCGCGAUCGCGUUGGGAGUGCAAGUGCAAAUGGUAGACACCCAUCCGGAAUUUCUGCGGUGGCAGAACAGCGAGCUCCGUCCACCGCCAGCAGCACAUCCUCCACGGGCAGUGCUGGUAUUUCGGUUGCUGCAAGUACGCAUAAAACAAUUCCCCAGAACAAUAGAUCUAACCCCUCUUCUUGGCGCCCUAUAGGCGAAGGCUUUAAUUGGCCAGAAGCCCUCCGGACACGCGCGGAGCGCGCUCCUUCGUUUGGAAGCUUCCCUCCGACGUCUCCCACUGCUGGUUCCCAUGGAUCGCCACCUUCGUCUACUCCACAUUCCAAGCAUCACCAGCGAGCAGCUUCCAUUGCAGCAAUGGAACAACCCAUUCAAGAUAUUCGUGAUACCCACAAGCGGCAACAGAAACAACAACAGCGAAAGCCAAAGCCAAAACCCGAUUACUUCCAGGAGAAGAUACUUAGGGGUGACUUUAUGGACUAAGGUCUGCUUUGCCUUCUUUCUAUUUUAUUUUUGUUUUAUAAUUUUUUAUUAUUUUUAUUAUACGAAUACAACCUUCUCUAUCUGUUGUGUUUUCUAUAGCCACUUUUUUCGUUUGGCCCGCCAGACCCAGGAAUGAAGCGAGUGAAUGGAGACGAGAAUCAGAGCGAAGGGGAUAAACCCUUCUUUUGGGGAAUGCUGCCACCCGUGUCGAGGUUCCUUACGCGACAUGUCUUAUUUCCUCAAUUAUCUCUUCUCCAGAUAAUAAUAAAAUAGCACUGUUUGGACUGGUCAAAAACCCUAACGCCCCUUCACUGUUAUCCAAGUCUGUCCUCAAAACCUUCCAAAAAUCCAUCACUAGCUAUCCUCUAUGACAAUUCAUCGCCUCGUCUUGAUUUCUUGUCUCUAACUGCGUUGGCCAGUUCCAAGACUUAGUUAGGGCUGAGAGACCUGCCCGGUUUACUAGUACUAUUGGCGUAAACAUAAAAUCCGGCAGGGCUGUCUCUCCAAUUUUGCUAUUGCAUUUCUUUGGGGCGCAUCGGUUUCUGUCGAGAUUUAUCUUCUUCUAUGCGUUCCUCCCAACUCUUUUUUUUGUGGCUAUCUAUUUCACAAGGCGGGACUGAAUUGUAGCUUUUGUCUGGACCGGAUUUAUGACGGCGCAGUGGUUGAUUCUUACGUACCUUACUUAUUUCUUCCCUCUUCGAAAUGCAUCUUCCGCUAUCUCUAAGACUACGUUUUCGCCAUUUCACUAGUUAUAUUUUCUAUUUUGCCCUUUUUAUUUCCUACGAAGAAAUCAAAUAAAUAUGAAUGUAUAUAUAUAUUACUACCUGUAGCUAGGUGUAGAACACGACAUCAAUCCACCUUGGUGUGGGGACAUUCUAUCCGAUCACAGAUGUAUAGAACAGAUUGGCCCAAACUUCAUUGAAGUAAAUGUACAAGGGAAUCCCCAUUUGAUGAAGCGAUGAUUUUAGUCUAUGAUAAUAGAAAGCAAAGGAGAACCGAACCCCUUGGAAGGAAAACGAGGGUUAUUAAAUUUGACUAGCUAGCUGAGGUACUUUCAAGAGAGGGAGAAUAAAAAACGAAACAAACCAAAAUAUGCAGCAAGUGAAGUUGGACUUAGCCGCUUGUCAACGAAAGAAAUAGGGCAGAGAGAAAACACGUUGAUUGUGGGAAUCGUCAGAAAAAUCCCACGUUACUCGGAGAGAACAAAGUUUUAAUAAGGGAUAUUGUUUGUCAGCAUCUGGAACUGAUCAUAGCCUUUCGUCGACACGCUCAUGUAGCUCUUCUUCACGAGUUCUCGCAUGUGUUCGGCAGCCUCGCGCUCAGUCUUUUCAAGGACAAAUCUGUCGCGGAAGUUUUUCAGCGUGUCAGGCUUAAAGCACGGCAGCCCGCUGUCAAGCAUCAGCGUGACAAUGUGUGAUAGCUUGGUUGCAAACGGUCUGGAAGCAAGGAAGGCUUUAACGACAAGUGACUCGAACCAACGGUAUGACUGCGAAUUCAUUGGGUUGUGACCACCAAGAGAAAUCCCACCGCUACCGCCGCUCGUUGACGACGAACCACCCGAGCUGCUCUGCCCUCCCAUUACGGCCACCAUUUCAGAGGUGAGCUUGAAAGGCGCGCGCUCGAAUCGAACACCACCUGGUGCUAUGUCGAAACAAAAGCCGAAAUCGAUGUGGAUGAUAUGGCCAGCGUCAUCGAUCAUAAUGUUUCCGUUAUGGCGGUCUUUGAAUUGGAGAAGGUAGGAUAUGACAGAGUAGGCAGCCAUGCUCUUGACGAAGUUGCUUCUUGCCUCUUGGAAGCGGGUAGAUUGUUCACCGCCAUACUUGGAAACGAAGUAAUCGUAGAGGCCAUUGACGGCUUCGCGACCAAGCAUGUCUCGUGAAAUAGAGUUAGGGAGCACAUCAAUUACACCACAACCUGGUGCUGUGGCCGUGACGCGAUAUGGGUAUACAAACACGUCCAAGCCAACACCCAUGAAAAUACUCCGGAAAGCUGCGAUCAUUUGCAGCGCCAGUACGUCCUGGCGGCAAUCGUCGCCUACCUUAAAGAUGGCUGACUGCCAGACCUCGUACGUUGAUUGAGAUUCUUGGGCAUCAGCAGUCUGCAGCACCGAGUCAUCAACACUUGCUUGGCGCUGUGAGGCAUCUGCCUUAACCUCUAGCAUCAUAGGACCAUUCCCAUUGCCAUUUUCCUCCACCUUUUUGGUCUUUCUAAUCCGGAAUGUCGCCAUGAACGGAGCCUUUGCGUGACUCUGUAAGGGCUUUCCAGAUUUUCGAUCAAUCCCGAUCACUUCUCCGUCUGGAUUACUUGGAAGAUACACCCCAACUUCUAAUUUGACCUGACGCAGUUCCUCCUCAAUUUUCUGCUUCUUCUCUGGCUUGCUUCGUUUGAUGUAAGGUCGUAGUUUUCCAGAGAUGCCUGUGAUUUCAUUGAAGAAAGAGAAUUCUCUCUCGUAGAAGGCACGAUCUUCCUCGGAGAAGUGACCGAUAAGCUUGUCAAGGAAUUGGUCCAGGACAGGUUUGAUAGGAUCAGGCUGUGAAAGGUCGCGAAAGUUAGCUCAAGUUUGACUUUUGAUUUCAGGACAGGGAGAAAACCAGAAUGGGGAGAGUAUCCAUACAAUCUGAGAAUCUUCAUCCUUGUAAGCAUUCGCUUUCAUGUUCCAGAUAACCUGAUGGGCAAAAAGCUGUGAUAGCUGUGCAGUCUCGAAGAUGUACCGCUCAACAUAGCCUAAGGCAUCAUAUCGCAGGGCUUGGACAAGCUGUGGGAUGUAGGAAAAGCUCACCUCCACAGGAUGGCUUUCCAGUGAUCUCACGGCAUACUGUAGGAUAAAUGGGUGGUUUCCAUAAACUGGUAAGAAAUAUGUUGACGCUUCAAUAGGGUUUACGGGAGCCCAGAAAAGAAGAUACUUGAGUUGAAACGACACAUCAGGAGGUAGCUCGGAUCCAAGGAGUAUAUUCAGGCUAUCGGGAUCGCCAAUGGCCUUCUCUGGAAAGUUGAGCAACAGCCAGCGCGCGUCGCUUCUAAGCUUUGGCGAGGGGAACCGGUUUGCGAGUUGUAGGGCUAAUCCAUGGUUUUCUGCCCAUGCUAGCCUCAUCAGGGACGAAAUAAUCUGCAAAUCAGGGUUAGAUAGAACUUGAUUAUGGAACAUGGAAGGGACGGUUCAUUGCAGCGGGCAGCAGACCUCGGGAUCGACCUUAUUCCCUGAGCUUGAACUAUAAUUCCGUCUCUCAUGCUCCAAUGGGAAAAGCCAUACUCGUAGUCGGAAUCGCUCGUUUUCAAUAAGUAGCCGGACUAAUUCUUGUUUGGCUUGGAGGGAUUUCCUCGCGGCGGAUGCCCCUGUGGCUAUACGGGAUGUGCUUUCAAGAUGCGACUCAAUAUCCUGAAGAACCUUGUCUUCAGCCUUCAUCUGUAGGCGGUUACCGCCUAGGGACCACCUUGAAAGGGGGAAAAAAGCAAAUUAGCGACACAUCCUAAAUCAAAUACUUGAUUAUUUAUAGAUAAAUACCUACCUAGGCGGAUGGCUGAACCAGCUCAAAGCAGCAGAAAGGAUUUGAUCCUUCAAUUUCCAUAAAGCAAUUUUCGUUUGCGACGUACAAUAUCGGAGAACCUUUAAGCCAAACAAGACGAUGUGGAAAUGAAUUUCACGCGCAAGUGGGUGGCCGGUGGUAUUUUGUAGUUCAACCAAAGUGACUCCUACAAGACGACUAAAUAUGCGUUGGGUGUGGACACUACCAAGUCUAGUGGCAUUAAAGUGGCUUUCGAAGAACUGAAGGAUACGAAAGUGUGGCGAUAUGAUAUUCUGCGCUUUCCGCUGGCGUUUGAGGACUAUGGAUUUAUCCGAUGGAGAAAACUCCGUUUUGGUCAUGAAUGGGUCAACGAAUCUAAAUGAAUUGAAUAAUGAGGUUAGUGAAGCAAAGGCGCAUGAAGUUUUAUUUUCACGUACUUGAAAUUAGGGUUGAAGAUCCCCAACUUCCUCUGAAUGGUCCGCUCCCACGCUUGUGCAACUUCCGUCAGUAUCCUUGACUCGGUUUGUGGAUUCUCAUGGAUCGCGCCCAGCCAUAAAGAAAUGCCCAUUUUGAUCGACUCUCUUGUAAACAUCUGGAAUGGGAUAUUAACGAGGUGUGAGAUGAUAAUGGUUUGCGAUUCGCUAGCGCUACAGAUCAGCGCAGUAGCUUUGCGAAGAAGAUUCCGGCACUGCUCUAGCAUGACGGGUUGGCCGUUAGAUAUUCGGGAUUCCAACUCGACGAGCAUUGACAGCGUGUCCUGAAUGGUAUCUAGGUGUGUCGAAGCGGUCGAAUCGUCUCUAGAAAUUUGGUUAAGGGGGAGUGCCCAUCCCUGAUAGUGUAAACUUGGUGCCUCGGAAUAGCGAUACUCCUGGCGGGUUGUAUACUGAGCAAUAAAAUCGGAAGCCACGUUUACGAUCGAAUUUUCAUUACCCUCGAUGGAGCCUAAGGAGCCCGUUAUUAGUAUGUUCAGGGUGUUGUGGAGAAUUCACACAUUUAAUUUACCUAAUCUUUGAUCACUGGAUGGAAUAGCAGAACCCAUUUCCAAGGCGAAUGAACGGCCGAUAGAGAUAUGGCCAUAGGCGCCGUCGUCCUCGUAAUCCGAAAGGUAGGUUUGGAGCAAGCCCUUAACAUCCAACGGCGCAAUAUUCAUGACUGUCGAUACCCAUGUUUGUGCCAAUCUAUAAAAAGUGGUGAAAGUGAGCCUCCUAAAGUCGUAGUUAUCUGAUAACUCGACCUUAACGACGCCCCUCGUGGAGGUGAAAGUAGAUUUCCACUCGAACUCGUCGAGUUCCUCGUCUAAGCACGAUGACCACAUGAUAGUCAAUAGAUCCAAAAGGACAAAAAGAGAUCGUUUUUGGCACAGAGAAGAGGGGCAUUGAUUGAUUAUUUUGCUGGCAGUGGCUGCAGCAACCUGCUGUAUUUUUUCGAUUCGAUGGCAACAGGCCAUAAGUGUGUCUGCCAGCUGCCCAGAAAUAUGCGCGGCUGAGAAUUUUGCAGAUCCAGAUAGAGCUUUUUCAAGGUAGAUUGACACAACUUUGUCUGCAAUAGCGUUCAUGCAACUGCCGACAUCCGUACUGUUAAGGGCAGGGUCGAGGAAAUAAGUUAGAACUUUGGUGCAGUCCCCAGAUGCAGCCCGCAGGCUCUCAAUCAGUAAAGUGGCGUUCAAAAAGACUGUUUUCGGAUAGCUCAACCGCCUGAUAUCGUAU